AAGUCUGCUCCAACCCACAUUACAUUAUUAAUCAGAAGGCUCGUUUUCCACCACAACCACCACCACCACCACCAGCACCUUGCAUUCAAUUCGCUUUCACUGUCUCUACUACACAAAACAAUACCCACAUUAAAUCUCUUCGUAAUACUCUACACAAUGACACCCACAUAAUCUCCUUCAUUGUUCACUUCUCUCUUUCUCUCUCUCUCUCUAGAUAUAUUUAUAUAUAUAGUAUCGUUAGAUAUGGGCUCGGAGGCAAUCUUCUCCUUGUCUCCGCGGAUUUUCUGGUGGAUUUGGUGUUGUGAAUCGAAAGGCCGGUGACCCUUAUUUCCUUCUCUUCUGAAGAAAAUUUCCAAAUGGGUUGAGAGACUGAGUAAUUUAAAGAAGUUUUGUUGAAGAAGACACAAAUCUGUUGAGGGGUUUCAGAGAUUUUGAAUUGAUUGUUCAUAAAUAUUGUGUAUUAUGAAGGGUUUUAUGUUCUGGGUUUUGUUCUUGUUGACUGGGACGGCUUUGAUGUUUCUUUGUCUCUCCAAAGAAAGAAGCACCUCCUCUGUUCCUGAUGAUUCAUUUAGUUUAAAUGAUGACAUGGUUUCUUUAAAUCAACCAGCGAUGGCUUUAAAUAGACAUGGGGAUAAUAUGACAGUGAAGACAAGAGGCAGGAAGCUUAAGGAGAAUUGUCAUGCUUCAAUCACUGACAAGAGUAAUUCAGGGAGUAUAAAACUAGAAGAUUAUAACCCUAUCGAUCUGGGUCCAAGUUCAAAGGCUUCCGUAAGACCUGGACCUAUCCAAUAUGGCACUCCGCUCAUGCCUUAUAUCCCAAAGCCUUCACCUCCCGACCACCCAAAGCAGGAGGGAUUUCCUUAGCCUGCUUUAAAACCAUUUUUCUCUGUAAUAACUUGAAAUGUGAAAAAUGUAAUAACUUGUUAGUUUAGCACGGUGUUUCAACCAUGUGUAUUGUAACAUAUUAUACUGCUAACUUAUGUACCUACCACUUGUGUUAUGUACUUUAUUUUGGUUUGAAAGAGUUUGUUGUUAUUAUA